AUGAAGAAGCUGGCGAAUCGAGCUAUGGAGCUCGCGUUAGAGCUAGCGAGGCGAGCCUCUGAGCUCGCGUGGGAUCAGGCGACGCGAGGGGUUUAUAUGUCUGAUCUAGGUUCCUCGGUGUUGUUGAUAAUCUUGCUAAUUGAUUGGACAUUGCUGUGGAAACUUAAGAACAAAGCUGGAAGCUUUUUGCCAUCGGAUGCAAUCGCACCUUCGGAACUUGACUCGCAGGUGCAAGAUCGCAGAAGCGAGCCUAGGAGCGCAGAAGCAGAAAAGGGAGAGCGGACAGUGGCCGCAGUUACUAAUGUGUUGAAUAUAAUUGGAGUUUCUUUUAAGCAUAGAGAUCAACUUCAGAAAUAUCAAGCAGAAUUGUUUGAGCAAUUGCUAGAGAGUGGUGAAGUUCAAAGUGGGAAAGGAUUAAAUCAAGAGCGAGGGCUUCAAAGGCCAGGUGACACUCGUUGGGGAUCACAUUGUAAAACAUUGGAUAACUUUGUUAUUUUAUUUUCUUCUAUUGUUCAUGUGCUUGGGGUGAUUGAAUGUGAAGGUGAUGUUAAUGAUAGGCUACAAGCAGAAGCUUUUUUGGGUAAAAUUAAAGUAUUUGAAUUUGUUUUCUUGUUUCACUUAAUGUUGAAAGUUUUGAUAAUGUCAAACGAGUUGAGCAAAACUUUCCAGACGAAAGAGCAAGAUAUUAUCAAUACCAUGAUAUUUUUUGAUAUCAUAAAGGAAAGGUUGCAAGGAAUGAGAGAUGAAGGAUGGGAAUCAUUGAUGGAUGAAGUAUCUUUAUUUUGUACAAAACAUGAAAUUUCGGUGCCCAAGAUGGAAGAAUUCUAUAUUCUUGGAAAGUCGAAUCGCAGGCCUUCUAGCGUUACUUAUUCACAUCACUUACGUGUUGACCUUUUUUAUGUUGUGAUUGAUUUGCAACUUCUGGAGCUUAAUAGUCGUUUUGAUAUUGUGAGUAGUAACUUGAUUCUUGGUAUGGCUAGCUUGAAUCCGGCUAACGCAUUUGCUAAUUUUGAUAAGGAAAGAAUAAUGACAUUGGUCAAGUACUAUCCCGAUUAG